AUGAUGAAAUCCUUUCUGGUGAUUUGUAUCAUGGUUCAGACAUCAUCAGCUAUCCUGGCUCGAAAGAUGGAUCGAUGCUCUCUGGCCAAGGAAAUGGCCAAGCUGGGAGUGCCUCGUGACCAGUUGGCCAAGUGGGCUUGCAUCGCCGAGAGGGAGAGUUCCUUCAAAACGGAUGCGGAGGGAAGAUCCAAUCCCGAUGGGUCCAACUCCUAUGGCAUCUUCCAGCUGAAAGACCUGUACUGGUGCCAACCAUCCAAGGGAAAAUUCUCCUACAACAGCUGCGGCACAAGCUGCAAUGAGAUCCUCAAGGACGACAUUAACCAGUCGGUGAGAUGCGCCCAGAAGGUCCUGGCUCAGCAGGGAUGGUCGGCCUGGUCCUCCUGGAAAUCGUGCAGUGGAAGCCUGCCAUCAAUCGAUAGUUGCUUUCAAAAGGCUCUUGAAUUUUUUAUUUAA